AUGUUUGGGAUGCUCUGGAUCAACGUGUACGACAGUGUGUUCCACUUCCCGCCUACACCUAGCAACUUUGCACAGCCAUUGAAGAGGACACCCUCCCAUUCCCCCACUGUCCAGCCUCCUUCCACUCCACCACUGUCCAGCCCCCUCCUCUACCAUCCAGCCCCCUUCCACUCCCCCCACUGUCCACCCCCCACCCCACUGUCCGGCCCUCUUCCACUCCCCCCACUGUCCAGUCCCCUCCCUCCCACUCCCUCACUGUCCAGCCCCCUCCCCUCCCCCACUGUCCAGCCCUCCCACUUCCCCACUGUCCAGCCUCCCCUCUCCCCCACUGUCCAGACCCCUCCCACUACCCCACUGUCCAGGCCCCUUCCCCACUGUCCAGCCACCUCCCACUCCCCCACUGUCCAGUGCCCUCCCACUCCCCCACUGUCCAGUCCCUUCCCACUCCCCCACUUCCCCACUUUCCAGCCCCUCCCCCAAUGUCCAGCCCCCUUCCACUCCCCUACUGUCCAGUCCCCUCCCAGUUCCCCACUGUCCAGCCCCUCCUCCCCUACUGUCCAGCCCCUUUCCCCUCCCCACUGUCCAGCGCCCUCCCCCACUGUCCAGUCCUCCCACUACCCCACUGUCCAGUCCCCUUCCCCACUGUCCAGCCACCUCCCACUCCCCCACUAUCCAGUGCCCUCCCACUCCCCCACUGUCCAGUCCCCUCCCACUUCCCCACUGUCCAGCCCCUCCCCCACUGUCCAGCCCCUUCCACUCCCCUACUGUCCAGCUUCUUCCUCUCCCCCACUGUCCAGCCCCCUCUCCCAAUGUCCAGUCCCCUUCCACUCCCCCACUGUCAAGCCCCCUCCCCACUAUCCAGCGCCCUCCCACUACCCCACUGUCCAGCUCCAUCCCCUUCCCCCACUGCCCAGCCCCUCCCAACUGUCCAACCACUCCAAUCCCCCUCUGUCCAGCCCAGUCCAACCCCCCUCUGUCCAGCCCCCUUCCACUCCCACUCUGUCCAGCCCACUCCAACCCCCCUCUGUCCAGCCCACUCCAACCCCCUCUGUCCAGCCCCUUCCACUCCCACUCUGUCCAGCCCACUCCAACCCCCUCUGUCCAGCCCCCUUCCACUCCCACUCUGUCCAGCCCACUCCAACCCCCUCUGUCCAGCCCCUCCCCCACUGUCCAGCCCCCUUCCACUCCCCUACUGUCCAGCUUCUUCCCACUCCCCCACUGUCCAGCCCCUCUCCCAAUGUCCAGUCCCCUUCCACUCCCCCACUGUCAAGCCCCCUCCCCACUAUCCAGCGCCCUCCCACUACCCCACUGUCCAGCUCCAUCCCCUUCCCCCACCGCCCAGCCCCCUCCCAACUGUCCAACCCACUCCAAUCCCCCUCUGUCCAGCCCAGUCCAACCCCCUCUGUCCAGCCCCUUCCACUCCCACUCUGUCCAGCCCACUCCAACCCCCCUCUGUCCAGCCCCUUCCACUCCCACUCUGUCCAGCCCACUCCACCCCCUGUCCAGCCCCCCUUCCACUCCCACUCUGUCCAGCCCACUCCAACCCCCUCUGUCCAGCCCCCUUCCACUCCCACUCUGUCCAGCCCACUCAAACCCCCCUACCCCUUCCACUCCCUCUCUGCCCAGCCCUCUCCAACCUCGCUCUGUCCAGCCCCCCACUGUCCAGCCCCCUCCCACUCCCCCACUGUCCAGCCCCCUCCCCACUGUCCAGCACCUCCCACUUCCCCUCUGUCCAGCCCAUCCAACCCACCCUCUGUCCAGCCCCCUACCCUACCCUCCAGCCACUCCUACUUCCCCACGGUCCAGCCCACUCCAACCCCCUCACUGUCCAGCACCCUUCCACUACCUCACUGUCCAGCCCACUCCACCCCCACUGUCCCAGCCCCUCCCACUCCCCCACUGACCAACCCUCCCACACUCCAGCCCCUUCCACUCCCCCACUGUCCAGCUCCCUGCCACUCCCCACUGUCCAGCCCCUCCCACUCCCCCACUGUCCAGCCCCUCCCACUCACCCACUGUCCAGCUCCUCCCACUUCCCCACUGUCCAGUCCCUUCCCACUCCCCAGUCCCUUCCACUCCCCCUCCACUACUUUCCAGCCCUUCCCACUUCCCUACUGUCCAACCCCUCCCCCACUGUCCAGCUCCCCCCACUCCCCACUGUCCAGCCCCUCCCACUCCCCCACUGUCCAGCCCCUCCCACUCACCCACUGUCCAGCUCCCUCCGACUCCCCCACUGUCUAG